AUGAAAAUUAAGGGAUGCUUAAUCUGUUUCAAUUAUAAGUAUGACACUAAGAAUAUUUUAAUUUUGAAAUCCUCAUGUCUCAUUUUUCUAUGUGCAGCUACUGAAGUUACAGAACGAUCAUGGGAAGACUCAGUCCUCAAAAGCGAAACGCCAGUGCUAGUAGAAUUCUACACAAGUUGGUGCGGUCCAUGUCGGAUGGUCCACAGGAUAAUAGACGAAAUAGCAUUGGACUAUGCCGGAAAACUAAACUGUUAUGUCCUGAACGCAGACAAUGACUUGUCGGUGGCUGAAGAGUACGAGAUAAAGGAUGUGCCAGUAGUUCUGCUCUUCAAGAACGGGGAGAAACGAGAGUCAAUCAUGGGUACAAUGCCUAAAGAGUUCUACAUUUCCGCCAUUGAAAGAGUUUUGAACUCAUGAAGUAGGGAACACUAUUGAUGUGAACUCUCACUACUACUUUGAUCAAGAUAUUGUUUGGAUAUUAAGAAUCGCUCCAUUUCGAUAUGGUUGAUAUCUCAUUGAGACUCGAGAACUAGUCUUUUGUCUUAAAUCUGAACCUCUAUCUUUUCUUUUUUUCUUCUUUUAUUCUCUGUGAAUAUAACUGUUGGGUUUGUGGAAAGAUGGCUCAGGAAGUAUUGUGAAUACAUAUAUCUUCCUUCUUCUAUCGAUGAUUUUAGUGUUCUAUAAUUUUGUUUCUUUCAACUUCAGUGAUCUCAGACUUCUAACGAUGCUUUUAUAGUUAGAGCUGUUGUUGCUUCA